ACUCAUUGUCUGUUCUUCUACUCAAAUCGCAUUCUUUAGUGUUACUUUAUGAUAUAAAGAGAGUAACGUGCGUGAGGAUGUAGUUUUCUUUCUAUACUUACAUAUUAAUUAUACAUUCACGUUCUACUGCAGUGUCAGUAACUGUGAAAUAAAUCUCAAAUUUUUAUAUAAUUUUCAUAAUAAUUACAAAAUUUUUUAAAAUAUUGGAGUUAUAUGUUGUGUUUAAGAUUACUUACAAAUAGUGAAAGUUGUUCGUGUCUUUGACCUAAUUCAAUUUUUUAUGUCUCUUGGACAUAAUAUUUAUUACAUUCCAAAAUAAGAUAGAAAUUUAUAAUAAUUAUUGAUUAAUAAUAAUUAUUAUUGAUAAUAUUGUAUAAUUAAUAAUUAAUAAUAUAAAAAAAGAAAUAAUUUAAAUUGCGAUAAUGACGAGUAUGGAUACACGUGACGUAAUCCGAGUUGGAUCUCGAAAAAGCGAGUUGGCUCUGAAGCAAACAAAAUAUGUAAUAGAAUGUUUAAAAGAAUAUCAUCCAACAAAAGAAUUUCAAAUAAUUACAAUGUCUACCAAAGGAGAUAAAAUUUUAGAUAAAUCUUUACCCAAAAUUGGAGAAAAAUCUCUAUUUACAGAAGAAUUAGAACUUGCCCUUGAAAGUGGACGUGUUGAUUUUGUGGUACAUUCAUUAAAAGAUUUACCUACAUCAUUACCAGAAGGAAUGGCUUUAGGUGCAAUAUUAAAGCGCGAAGAUCCACGUGAUGCAGUUGUUAUGUCUAAAAAGUAUAAAAAUAAGACAUUAUCUACUUUACCAGAAGGUAGUGUCAUUGGUACUAGUUCAUUACGUAGAUCAGCUCAAUUAGCUAGAAAUAUGCCACAUUUAAAAGUGGAAAAUAUUCGUGGUAAUUUAAAUACUAGAUUAAGAAAACUAGAUGAUGAAAAUGGACCCUUUGCAGCAAUUAUUUUAGCUGCUGCUGGUUUAAAAAGAAUGAAUUGGGAAAAUAGAAUAAAUCAACUAUUAGAACCAGAAGAAGCAUUGUAUGCUGUUGGACAAGGUGCAUUAGGAGUAGAAUGCAGAGAGACAGAUUGGAAAAUAUUGUCUCUUUUAGAACCAUUAUAUGAUGUAGAAACAACUUUAAGAUGUGUAUGUGAACGUUCAUUUCUGAAAACAUUAGGUGGAGGAUGUUCAGCACCAGUUGCUGUUUCUUCAACCUUAAAAAACAAAAUUCUUACUAUUACUGGUGCUGUAUGGUCUUUAGAUGGACAAAAAUUUAUCAAAGAUACUUCUAAAAGUAAAUUGUACAUACCUGAUGAUGAUGGAGAACCUCCGAAGAAAUGUCCGUAUCGAGAACCGCAACUUUACUGUAGUGUCGCACCUGGCAAAGUAAGCAAUUUAAGUCUUUUGGGUGCUGAACAACUCGGUAAAGAUCUUGGAAAAAAUCUUAUAGAAAAAAAUGCUUUAGAUGUUAUGGCAGAAGCAAGAAAUGAAAUUUUGAACUCCAAAUAACAUUAAUAAUAGUUAUGAAAAAA